UUCCUUGACUCACAUAUAUUUAGACUAUUAAAUCAAUUUCGAAUUUCCUUCAAAUGGGUGACCGGCAAAAUAGUAAUGGCGACGGAGUUUUCGUUUAUGGGUUUUGAUUUGUUUGAAGUGGCAAGGAACGGUUGUCUAAGUGUGUUGAACGUCGCUCUCGACAAUUUCGAUUUGUACUCGACUUCUGUCGACUUUCAGGAUGAGGAAGGAAACACGUUGCUGCAUUACAUUGCCGAAAAAGGUAACGCCGAGACCGUCGGAAAACUUCUCGAAAAUAACGCGUUCGGCGACAUCCUAAACGUCAGAAAGGAAACCGCUUUACACCUGGCGUGCCGCGGGGGCCAUUUUGAAACCGCGCGACUUUUAAUUCGAAGCGGCGCGAAAUUGGACGCUAAAGAUUGCAGAGGCGAAACGCCUCUGUUCAAGUCGGCCAUGAACGCGCACACGAUCCUAACAAAGUAUCUCAUCGCCGAAGGCGCCGACUUGCAUUGCCGGGACAAAAUUAACCGGACACUUUUACACGUCGCCGCAGAAACCGGAAACGAAAAACUGGCCGAGCUUUUAUUAUCCCGCGACUUUGACCCGAACGCGGCGACGAGAUGCGGCGAAACACCCCUGCAACUCUCCAUUAAAUCCUCUUCGUACGAAACGUUCAAAUUACUCUUGAAAUUCGGCGCGGACUAUAACGCGACGGACACUAAAGACGCCACUUUGCUACACGCGGCGGUCCAAUUAAACCGUCGCGACGUCUGCGUCGAUCUACUCGCGCUAAAAGUCGACGUGAAUGCGACGGACGUUGAGGGAUCGACCGCGUUGCAUUUGGCGGCAGAAAGAAAUAUGCCGGACAUGAUAAAAUUAUUGCUCGAGAAUGGGGCCGUUGUCGAUGCGAAAGACGUGGACGAUUACACGCCGCUUCACGUCGCGGCCGGCCGAAAGUCAAACUUUGCGGCCGUCGAAAUGUUACUCAAGAACGAUGCCAGCACCGAUGCGGUUACUUUCAAUGGAGAUUUGGCGUUGCACAGGGCGGUGGCGAGCGGGAACGAGGGAGCGGUUGCGUUGCUGUGCGAUCUGAAAUAUAUAAAUUGCAGGAAUAGGGACGGGUAUACGCCCGAAGCGCUAGCGAGGGCCAACGGAAGAAUCUCGAUAGAAGAAACGCUGAAGCAAAUGAAUCUCGAUGCGGAAUCCGUCCGCCUCAAGAAAAAGAAAAGGGUUUCCUUUACGGGCAUUCCCAUAAUGCGAGAAAAGAGAAUCGCUACCGAUUAUUGAGUGCGGAGUUUUUUAUUUCGUUUUUAAAUUUUUUAAUUAUUUUCGUACAUACAUUUUAACGUGUAACGUUUUUUUUUUCAAUAAAUAUCUACCAGGAGGUUGAAAGACAGAUGUCAAAUUCGUGCUCGCGACUAAUUUUUUCAGCUUCCUCGUAGACUUCCUUCUUUUAAUUUGUUCUCUUUUGAUAAAUGUAAUAUAGACAUACGAAAAGUAUUUUUUGCUAGAAAAGUUUGUUUAAAAUGGCUUUUUUAAUGACAUCUAUCGGUAGGCGGUUCAAAAAAUUAAAACGUCUUUACAGUUCCAUAUUAAGAUUUUUUAGCAGAUAAGCCAUUUCGGAAACCAACAAAUCUUUAACUAAA